AUGCACUUAGACCUAAAACCCGGAAAUAUAUUAUUGGAUGAAGAUGUGAUGCCGAAAAUUACUGAUUUUGGACUAUCAAGGUGUUUUGAGGAAGGCCAGACACGAGUCAUUACUGAAAAUGUGGGCGGAACGAUAGGAUAUUUGGCACCAGAAUUCCAUACUGGUGAAAUCACACACAAAUUUGACUUGUACAGUCUUGGUGUUAUAGUUAUGGAGAUGUUGACCGGAAAGAAGGGGUAUCAAAGUAUUGAAGAUGUACGUGAAAGUUGGAGUUAUAGGUCAGACAUAUUGUGGUGGGAACAAAUACGAGUAUGCGCUGAGAUUGGGAUCGAGUGCACUGACUUAAACCCAGCCAAGAGGCCAGAAAGUAUGAAGCAUAUAAUUGAUAGGCUUUUAGCAGCAGAAAGUAGUACUCAGGUAAUCCCAACAGGUGGUCCCACCAGCAAGCUUAUUGUCCUUCACCCAUCAGCGCUUCGCUUCCCCUUUGAGAUCAACAAGGUCAUCACGUGCCCGCUUGAGCUAACAAAUAACACCGAUAAACACGUUGCGUUUAGGCUAAAGGACAAGAGUGGGGAGUCCUCCUUCCUAAGGCUGCCAUUGUAUGGUAUUGUGCCACCUAACACCCCUUAUACUCUCAUUGUGACAACACAAGAGAUAGAAGAGCUACCACGAAAGUGGAUCAUAGAUGUGAUCCUUGACGGUGCUACAUUAAUAUUGGGGGAUGGUGAGCAUAAAAAGACUUUCCACAGCCAGCCAGACAAGUAUUUUCAGGAGAUGAGGAAUGCACUGCAAGAGGUGGAACUAAAAGCACUUUAUACUCUACCGCGACACAUCACAACAUUGUCGUCUAAGCCAAUCCCGCCCACUAUCAAGAUAAUAUGCAAGGUAAAAGGGCUCGACCUGUAUUCCUUGGACAUAAACCAGGCCAAGCAAUGGAUAAUAAUAGGAGAAGACAGUGGACAUGUUCGCAUUUGGGAUUAUAAGACACAGAGAAAAGUGGAUUCGCUUAAAGUCUCAGCGAGCUAUGUUUCGUCCAUUAAAUUUAUUGCAAGAAAGCAAUGGAUUCUUGCUGGGACACAUAGUGGUAACGUUCAUGUGUACAACUAUGAAACAAUGCACAAGAUCACUACUUUCAGAGUUGCUGUCGGUGGACAUGCAGAAGUCGUGUCACUGGCCGUUCAUCCAACCCAGCCGUAUUUGCUGUCAGCGGGUACACACCUGAAGCUUUGGGACUGGGACAAGGGUUGGGAGUGCGUACAGACAUUUGAGUGCCAAUUUCUUGAGAAAGUAUGUCAUGUCGCAUUUAACCGAAAUGACACCAUUGCUAGUGCUACAUCAGGUUUAGCCGGAGGUUUCGCUGUGAAGGUUUGGAGUCUUGAUUCUCCCAAAUCCAACUAUACAUUGUCUGGGCACUCGGACAAGGUGAACUGCUUGGAUUUCUUCACAUGCCACGAUCAAGAGUUUUUGGUUACAGGUUCAGAUGAUGAGACUGCCAAGAUAUGGUAUUUGCAUAAGAAGAUAUGUGCAUAUACACUUGAAGCUUUCGCGUCUCCAGUUACGUCUGUCCUGUACCAACCCGAUAUUCAGACUCUCAUUACAGGUUCAAAAGAUAGUGCAAUUUAUUUGUGGUGCACUACAAAUUGCAGGAUAUAUUCACGCCCCCCCACACUUACAAGAAUCAUCAACAUUGGUUGUGUUGUCUACCAUCUGGCAUGUGCGAUGGGAAGGGUUGUAAUUGGAAAAAAAAAGAAGUAG